AAAAAUACCGCAUCGGAGCUUUAGUUUCUCGCGAUUGUGCCCAUCGGCAAACGUUCCUAACUCCUAGUAAUAUACGAAUUUCUUGUUUCCAUGAGUGCAGAUGCUGCAUUUUUACCUUGUCCGAUAUGUUCACAUACCGGAGUUUUCGAUUCUGUGCAAUCAUUAAAAGAUAGACUUAUAUUUGUUUCAACAAACAAAAUUUUGUGCCCCGUUUGCCAAGAUGAAGUAUGUGGUUUGGAUAAGCUUACUAUACACCUAUUUACUCACGUUAAAAUUAUAACAAAAGUAGACAGUGCACAACAAAGUGAAACAUUAGAAGCAAAACUAAAACCAAGAAAUGAAAAUCAAGGAACGAACAAAACUCCGCAAAAGAGAGCUAAACCGUGUACUUCUAAAAAUAAAACUCUGUCUUCAGCAAAUGCCCCAGUUAAAUUUGUAAAGAUAUUUCCGAAGCUGCCACUGAUAUCUGUAAAUACAUUACCUGUUAUAGAUAUAUCGCGAGCGCAGCCACUAGAAGAAUGUAUGCAAGCCGGCAGUUCUAUUUAUGCAUCAACUGUAAAAACAGAAACAUCGUUAACACAAACAAAUACUACAUGCAACGUCUGUGGUUUGCAAUUUGUCGAUGUCGAUAUUUUAAGAAUGCAUAGAUGCUUGAUUCAUAAUAUUGAUGAUAAUUCUAAUAUAAAUUCUACGCGUUACCAUUGUCACUUGUGUCCGAAAAAUUUCAAGAUGCGCGGGUCGUUAAUGGUCCAUUUAAGAGUAGCGCAUUAUGGAUUUGGACCUUGUAACUCUGAAACAGUUAUAGAAAAAAGUAAAGAAGAGAAAAAAUCGACCGAUGACGAUCCAGUUAGUUUUAACAGGAAUGAUAGUAAACAGUGGCAAUGUGAUGUUUGUAGAAAAUGUUUUACAACAAAAUAUUUCUUGAAGAAACACAAACGCUUACAUACAGGUGAAACUCCGUACGCUUGCACUCAAUGCAAUAAGACGUUUACAUUUCAACAAUCUUAUCAUAAACAUCUUUUGUACCAUAAUGAUGAAAAACCUCACACAUGCAGCUACUGUGGCCGAUCUUUCAAAGAAUUAUCGACCUUGCACAAUCAUCAACGAAUUCACACUGGGGAAAAGCCAUUUUCGUGUGAGACUUGUGGUAAAUGUUUCCGUCAAAGAGUUUCAUAUUUAGUACACCGUCGUAUCCACACAGGCGUCAUGCCUUAUAAAUGCACGGCAUGUGAUAAAAGCUUUCGAUAUAAAGUAUCACAGAGAACUCACAAAUGCCAGGCUCAACCCCCAGGAACAGUUGUGCGACAAACUGGAGAUCUUGUAGAAAAAUUGAGAAAGAAGAAUACGGACGAAGAAUCUACAUCGAAAGUGACUGACAAUAUAUUAAAUGAAUAUCUUGCUAAUAGCUUAGAGCACAACAAUUACGAAAAACAAAAUUAUCUUGAGGUAUCGGAGGCUAAUGCAGAACUGGCACGACGAGGGGCAAAGUUAUCAUUAGAGGACAUGGAAUCUGAAAACUUUACAUUGCUAAAUGAAGCAUUUAAAGAAAAUAAUUGUGAACCAGUUCCUGGCACUAGUUAUGAUUCUGCUCCUACAAAUAAUAAUUCAACAAUUAGCGGCGCUGAAUUAUUUAAUGCAAACUUAGAAGAUUUCAUUGACUCCAUUCCAUCCGAUAAAAAUAUGCCAUCACCAUCAGAAAUUUUGAAAAACUUGUGUUUAUCUAAGGAUGAAGAUUAUUCAGAUGCUGAUGAAGCAAAACACUCCCAUACGUCCAAAUUAACUAACAAUGUAUAUUUGUAAAAUGCGUAAUAUAUGUACCUGUUCAAUUUUAAAAAGGAAUUAGAUUAUUAUGUGACCAUUGACAUUUUUAAUGCUUGUCAUCACGCCCAUAAUAAGAUUUAAGAGUUUUAAGGAAGUUGUUACAAUAAUUGUUACGCUUAAUAUUUUAAUAUGCCUUCCUAAUAACGCAUAAAUUACGUUCAAGAAAUGGUUUUCCAUAAUAUAAUACAAAUGUGUUUUUAUAAAAUUAACGGUUUCCUACAUUACCGGUUUUCACCACUCUAUCAAGCUCAUUUGCUGCCAUUGGCCAAUCACGGCAGUCGUCAGUUGGUGGGCGUGCGCGCUUGCUUUUGUGUGCAGAGAAAAAACACAAUGAGCAACCAGCUGUUUUUGUUCUCAACUGUCUGCUUGAAAAUCAGUGAAAAUCAAGUAUGGGUCAA